CGGGAGCGCGGACGAGCUCGUGAGCGCGCUGUCACAGACUGAGAGAGAGUGUCUGAGGCACAAAAUCAAGACUUCAGAGGGUGCUAUGGCGACCUUCCAGGAGUUUAUCCAGCAGAACGAGGACCGUGAUGGGGUCCGUUUCAGUUGGAAUGUCUGGCCAUCCAGUCGUCUGGAAGCCACGCGUAUGGUUGUUCCGGUGGCCUCGUUGUUCACCCCUCUAAAGGAACGACCGGAUCUUCCACCGAUCCAGUACGAGCCCGUGCUGUGUAGCCGGGCCACGUGUCGAGCUGUGCUAAAUCCUUUGUGUCAAGUGGAUUACAGGGCGAAACUAUGGGCAUGCAACUUCUGCUAUCAGAGAAAUCAGUUCCCACCAACUUAUGCUGGAAUAUCGGAGGUCAACCAACCUGCUGAACUUCUCCCACAGUUCUCCACCAUUGAAUAUGUUGUCCAGCGUGGUCCACAGAUGCCCCUCAACAUCCUGUAUGUGGUGGACACGUGUAUGGAUGACGAAGAUCUACAGGCGCUGAAAGAGUCUCUUCAGAUGUCCCUCAGCCUGCUGCCUCCCACCGCCCUGGUGGGCCUCAUUACAUUCGGACGCAUGGUCCAGGUUCACGAGCUGGGCUGCGAAGGCAUCUCUAAAAGCUACGUCUUUAGAGGCACCAAAGAUCUCAGCGCUAAACAGCUUCAGGAGAUGCUUGGAUUGUCCAAACCAGCUGCAGCACAAGCAGGUAGAAGUCCACAACAAGCUCAGGUUCCUCCUACAAACAGGUUCUUGCAGCCUGUACAGAACGUAGAUAUGAAUUUGACUGAUUUGCUGGGAGAGCUCCAGAGAGACCCCUGGCCCGUCACUCAAGGCAAACGGCCACUGAGAUCACUUGGAGUGGCUCUUUCCAUCGCUGUUGGUUUACUGGAGUGCACUUUCCCUAACACGGGCGCUCGUAUCAUGACUUUCAUUGGUGGUCCGGCUACUCAGGGUCCAGGCAUGGUGGUGGGAGAUGAACUAAAGAUACCUAUAAGAUCCUGGCAUGACAUUGAGAAAGACAAUGCAAAGUUCAUGAAGAAAGCUACUAAACAUUAUGAAGCCUUAGCCAACCGAGCUGCCAACAACGGACACAUCAUUGAUAUUUACGCCUGUGCCCUGGACCAGACAGGAUUACUGGAAAUGAAGUGUUGCACCAACUACACAGGGGGUUACAUGGUCAUGGCCGAUUCUUUCAACACAUCUCUGUUCAAGCAAACCUUCCAAAGAGUUUUCUCCAAGGACAUGCAGGGCAACUUCAAGAUGGCACUGGCAGCGACUAUGGAGAUAAAGACUUCAAGAGAGAUUAAGAUUUCUGGAGCGAUCGGGCCAUGCGUCUCUCUGAACGCUAAAGGUCCCUGUGUGUCUGAAAACGAAUUGGGAACUGGUGGCACAAGUCAGUGGAAGAUUUGCGGACUGGACCCAAAUACCACUCUUGCGUUGUACUUCGAAGUUGUAAAUCAGCACAAUGCUCCUAUACCCCAGGGUGGACGUGGAGCCAUACAAUUCGUGACGCAGUAUCAGCAUUCAAGCGGGCAAAGACGCAUUAGAGUCACCACAAUUGCAAGAAACUGGGCCGAUGCCCAGACUCAGAUACAGAGCAUUGCGGCAUCUUUUGACCAGGAGGCCGCUGCCAUCCUCAUGGCCCGACUGUCCGUCUGCAAGGCCGAGACAGAGGAGGGACCUGAUGUCCUGCGCUGGCUGGACCGACAACUUAUCCGCUUGUGCCAGAAAUUUGGAGAAUAUCACAAAGACGACCCCAAUUCGUUCCGUUUCUCUGAGACGUUCUCGCUGUAUCCUCAGUUCAUGUUCCACCUGAGGAGAUCUCCAUUCCUGCAAGUAUUUAACAACAGUCCUGAUGAAAGCACAUAUUACAGAUACCAGUUUAUGAGGCAGGACCUGACCCAGUCUCUGAUAAUGGUACAGCCCAUCCUGUACGCAUACUCAUUCAACGGACCGCCUGAGCCCGUGUUACUGGACAGCAGCAGUAUCUUGCCCGAUCGCAUCCUACUCAUGGACACCUUCUUUCAGAUUUUAAUCUACCACGGAGAGACGGUGUCGCAGUGGCGUAAAGCCGGAUACCAGGACAUGCCCGAGUACGAGAACUUCCGGCAUCUGCUGCAGGCUCCGGUGGACGAUGCCCAGGAGAUCCUACAGAGCCGAUUUCCCAUGCCACGCUAUAUAGAUACAGAGCACGGAGGCAGCCAGGCUCGUUUUCUCCUGUCCAAAGUGAAUCCUUCUCAGACACACAACAACAUGUAUGCGUGGGGUCAGGAGUCUGGCGCGCCUAUCCUUACAGACGACGUGAGCCUUCAGGUGUUCAUGGAUCAUCUGAAGAAGCUGGCGGUUUCCAGCCCUGCCUAGGAAUCCUGAAUAUCCACCGUCGAUUACCCACGACCCCCUCUGCUGCCCGGUAGCACAAAGACAGCAGGAUCACACUAUUGCCAGAUUAUAUUGUGCAUACAUGGAGCCCCUAAAAAGAGAGUAACAAUCAGUUAUUUCCAUCAUAACACUACACGCACAUCAGGACAAGUUAUACGUUACUGGUACCUAAUCAAAAUUAAGCAUGUAUCCAGCGUGUAGCAGCCACAUUUAAAUCUGAUGUUUAUGUUAACAAAGCUCUGUUAUGAAACCUCAAGUUGAACGGAGGGAGGCAACUAGGUUUUGUUUUAGCACACCUGCAGAAGAUAGUCCUGUUUACCUAGUCAAGGAGGGUGAAUGUGGUGCCAUUGUAGCCAAUUAAGCAUGAGAGCUUCAACGCCGCCUCUAGCCGACAGCAGAUUAUUUUUAGACCCAUCGCAUCUCGACGCGCUGCUGUUGAUGUUUUUGUUUUAGUACGGUCUCAAUCCAAACGCAGACUUGCGGAUUUCGAGAGCUGCCUCUCCGUCUGCUGCUCGGGUAUUUAUAAGAUGUUUGUAGCAGUAUUGUAUGUUUUGUUUCUAAUAAAACCGGCUUCAUCACACCA